AUGUCAACUUUGACCCUACCUCCAGUGUUACAAUCGCCUCGUGAUGAUGCUGUCAAGCUGCAUAAAGCUUUCAAAGGACUUGGCUGUGACACAUCUAAAGUUAUCAAUAUCCUUGCUCACAGGGAUUCAGUACAGCGAGGCCUCAUUGAACAAGAAUAUGAAACUGCCUUUUCUGAACAACUUUCCAAACGGAUAUCUUCAGAACUUCAUGGGAAUGUCAAGAAAGCAUUGUUACUUUGGCUGCAUGAUCCUGCUACUCGGGAUGCUAGCAUUGCAAGGCAAGCCUUAACUGCAGCACCAGUUGUUGAUUGUCAAGCUAUUACAGAAAUAAUUUGUUCUCGUACCCCAUCACAACUUAGACGAUUGAAAGAAGUUUAUCUGUCAACAUUUCAUUCCCCUCUUGAGCAUGACAUUGAAAACCAAACGAGUGGUGAUUACAAGAAGUUGUUGCUUGCAUAUUUAAGUACACCCCGUUAUGAAGGUCCAGAAUUGGAUCAUGGAAUAGUACAACAAGAUGCGAAACAAUUGUAUAAAUCAGGGGAGAAGAGAUUAGGAACUGAUGAGAAGAUGUUCAUAAAGAUCUUUAGUGAAAGAAGCUGCACACAUUUGGCUGCUGUUAGCUCUGCAUACCAAACUGAAUUUGGCAACACACUGGAAAAGGCAGUAAAAAAGGAAAUAUCUGGCAAUUUUUUGAGUGGCCUCUUAACCAUACUAAGAUGUGCUACUAACCCUGCUAUGUACUUUGCCAAGAUUCUGCGCAAGUCAAUGAAGGGUGUUGGAACUGAUGAUAGUAGACUAAUAAGGGUAAUUGUGACAAGGACUGAAAUUGACAUGCAACAUAUAAAAGCAGCAUAUUAUAGUAGAUAUGGAAAACCAUUAACUCAUGCUGUUCGUUCAGACACAUCAGGCCACUAUAAAGACUUUCUUCUAAAUCUUUUAGGUACUGAUUAUUAG